AUGGCGCGUAAAGGCCCUGGUACAGAUGGCCCUCUACAGACAGCCCUACUGGAAUCCAUGUCUGCAGCCACGACAAGAGCUUCUGAAGGACAGAAGAUUUUCAGCCCCAUAGCUGCAUUCCUUAAUAAACACCGCAGCCAAACCACCAGCCUUGCCCCUCACCUACUGAGAGCCCUCACCACUCUAAGCGAUGACCUUGCCUUAGUAGCCCAACAACAUUUUAACGCCUAUAUUAGUGGUAUCUUGACGACCUCCAUUCUACCUACCCUGUCUUCUUCCUCUUCCUCUUCCCUCACCCUAAAUCCCUUACCUUCUUCACCCUCUUCCUCACGUCCCCCCUCAGGUCUUGAACAGUCAACUUAUGCAACUAUUACCCAAUAUGCCCCAGUCAAAUUAACUCCUACUACUCAUCCUAAAGCCUCUGUCAAAAAGCCUAUGCCUCUAGUAAAACAACCCCUUCCUAACAACUGGCUCUUUACUGGCUUUGCACUAUGCCCCUCAUCUCCAGAAGCCCUCCUAGCCUUUGAGGCCCAAAAAGAGAUUAUUUCUGCAUUCUUUAUUAACUGCCAGAUAGAACGCAGCUCCCGAUAG